AAUAGAGUCAGAGAGUGAGACCUCCUGUUCCCGGUUCUCUGAAAGCUGCUCUCUGUUUGAUCAAACGGAAGACAUUUUGAGCUGCCGCGGUCGGUCCCGAUCCGUUAUUUCAGUGUCAGCUCUAUUAAAUAAGAGCUGACGUGCUGGAGAGACAGUCUCCAGAGUGAGCUGUAGCCGGCGAAAAAGACGAGAUUGAAAGUAGUUCGUAGUUUGUAAUUUAACCGGCGUAUGUGCAGAACAGCUAGCUGGCAUAGCGCCUGAAGCCAGUCACAAAAGCUAGCAAAUUCCUAGAUGCUAGUUAGUUAGUUAGCGUCACCUAGCUAACUUGCCCUCCUGUUCCUCCUCUUCCUCCACCACCACCUUCUUCUCGACAGCCGGUUCCUUCACGCGGAGACUAUGGCUUUAAAACGAAUUUCUAAGGAGCUAACUGAUCUGUCCAGAGAUCCUCCGGCUCAGUGCUCUGCUGGACCCGUCAGCGAAGACAUGUUUCAUUGGCAAGCUACUAUUAUGGGACCCCCUGACAGUCCCUAUCAGGGUGGUGUGUUUUUCCUGACUAUUCAUUUCCCUACAGAUUAUCCUUUCAAACCACCCAAGGUCGCCUUCACAACAAGAAUUUAUCACCCAAAUAUUAACAGUAACGGCAGUAUCUGCUUGGAUAUAUUGAGGUCACAGUGGUCUCCAGCAUUAACGAUCUCUAAAGUCCUUUUGUCCAUUUGUUCUCUGUUAUGUGACCCGAAUCCUGAUGACCCGCUAGUGCCAGAGAUCGCCCGCAUCUACAAAACAGACCCUGUAAGGUACAACAAGACAGCUCAGGACUGGACUCAGAAAUAUGCCAUGUGACCCUCCUCCUCCUCUUUGUCCUUCCUCCCAAUGCUGGAACAAACUGAUUUUCUCAUAAGGCCACGCCCCCCCUCCCAGCAUCAUCAGCCAAUACCGGCAAUUUGUUCACAUUUGUUUUUGUCCCCGUCUUCGACGCUUUUAAGUUUUUCUCUGCUUUUCUAAACAAACGGGGUGAAGAAGGGCUGAGGAAUGUGCCAACUGCAGAGCAAACCCACAGACUUGGAGUGGACCGAAGACAAACUGUUACAGUAAAGAUAAUCAUUUCAUGCAUGUCAGUGAUUGGUUCAUGUGCUGCUGAGACUUGUCCACUUUUUAUCCUGUUGUUUUUGUUUUUAGACAAGAGAGCCAUUAGUUCAUCCAUCAUCGACAACACUGUUCUCCUCUUUUUGCACUGAAGAUGAAACUCAAAGCUCUCAACGGCUGAUCGAUCAACUAAUAGCUCUGUGAUGGGUUUUUUUUUCUCAAUAAAGUUGAACAAAUUGCA